GCCCUCUCGGGGCCGCGCGGGGCCCGGGCGGCGGCGCGAGGGGAGGAGGGGGAGGAGGACGCAGGACGUCCGUGCCGCCGGCCCGCUCAUGGAGGAGGAGGAGGAGGCCAUGGACGGCGACCGGACCGAGAGCGACUGGCAGGGGCUGGUGAGCGAGUACCUGGUGUGUAAAAGGAAGCUGGAGAGUAAGAAGGAAGCCCUGCUGAUCCUUUCCAAGGAGCUGGACACGUGUCAACAGGAAAGGGACCAGUACAAACUCAUGGCCAAUCAGCUCCGAGAGCGCCACCAGUCCCUGAAGAAGAAGUACCGAGAGCUGAUAGAUGGAGAUCCAUCACUUCCUCCUGAAAAAAGGAAACAGGCUAAUCUUGCACAACUAUUGAGAGAUUCUCAGGACCGAAAUAAACAUCUAGGAGAAGAAAUUAAAGAACUUCAGCAAAGACUUGGAGAAGUCCAGGGUGACAAUAAGCUCUUGAGGAUGACAAUUGCCAAACAAAGGCUUGGAGAUGAAGAAAUCGGCGUGCGCCACUUUGCAGCCCAUGAGCGUGAAGACUUGGUUCAGCAGCUGGAGAGAGCCAAGGAACAGAUUGAGUCUUUGGAGCAUGACCUGCAGGCCUCUGUGGAUGAGCUUCAGGACGUGAAGGAAGAGCGGUCCUCCUACCAGGACAAGGUGGAGAGGCUAAACCAGGAGCUGAACCACAUCCUGGGUGGGCACGAGAACCGCAUCAUUGACGUGGAUGCCCUGUGCAUGGAGAACAGGUACCUUCAAGAGAGAUUAAAGCAACUCCAUGAAGAGGUCAACCUCUUGAAAUCAAACAUUGCCAAAUACAAGAAUGCUCUCGAGAGGCGGAAAAACUCAAAGGGCCAGGGUAAAUCCAGCAGCAGUGCUCUGACAGGAGUCCUGUCAGCAAAGCAAGUUCAGGAUUUGCUGUCUGAGGAUCACGGCUGCAGUCUCCCAGCAACUCCACAGUCCAUUUCGGACCUGAAAUCUCUGGCAACAGCACUGUUGGAGACGAUCCACGAGAAAAACAUGGUCAUUCAGCAUCAGAGGCAAACCAACAAAAUCCUAGGGAAUCGUGUGGCUGAGCUGGAAAAAAAAUUAAGAACUCUGGAAGUUUCUGGUUUGUGGAGUCUUCCAGGGGGCAAGGACACCAUACUGUUCAGCGACCCCAGUCUUCCCACCAUACAGAGGUCAAGAUCCCCACUGCUGAAGUUUGCUGACCAGCCCAUCGAGAGCAAAGCGAAUCUCAAGGAUGGGGAGGUUCAGAAGCAAGAAGGAGAUGAAAGUUGUGCCGCUGCCGAGGCGUUGACAGCGCCCGAGGAUGCUGGGAGACCCGCUGUCAACUCCCCGGCAAAUUUCAGCCUCAGGAACCAACGCAAGCUCUUUCAUCCUUCAUUACCCCGGUUACCUUCUGAGGAAGAAGAAGUAAACAAGCUUGGAAGGGAAAUAAUUAAACUGACAAAGGAACAGGCAGCUGCAGGACUGAAAGAGGUCAGGAGAGAGAGUCCCUUGGAGGGUCAGAGGAGCGAGAGGGGGCCGAACGCGCCAGGCCUGGCCUCGGAGGGGGAGCCCCCCAAAUCUCAGCUGGACCCCUCUGAGCCCAGCCAGCCGGCGGCCGAAGCUUCCACGCCGGAAGAUGGCAGAGGGAUCCCAGAGGGCGGCGGCACGAGGAGCACUGUGAAAACGUGAAGGGGAAAGGCAUCCGACAGGAUGACACAUGGAAAGCCCCGGGACGGUGAGGAAUGACGUGUCAGAGCAGCGCGCCCGAGUCGCUUUCUCCUAAAACACCUCCGAGUCUGCAAGUGAGAAAACGCUCUGAUCCUGUUGCAAACUGUGAACAAUCUGAGGAUGCCAGUGCAGUUUGAUUUAUUAAACGCGGGUCCUCAAGCUUCUCGGUGGCAUCUCUUGCUGCCGAAGAUGAGCUGCUGGGAACGUGGCCGGGCGUGGGAAUUAGUGUCCACCGUAGCGCUGGGUUUCAGCAUCCGUCUGUCUGUCAGCAUUUGUUUUGUCAGAGAUAAGAUGUUUUUCUAUUAGCAUUUCAUAUUGUUGAUCAAAAUUAUGGGAAGAGCUAGGAACCGAUGGGGUUUUAAUCAGGUUUCUGUCUUGGUAAAGGUUGGGUGGCUGGAGAGGAAGGUGUAAUUGAGCAGAACGUGUCUGUGUCCGGAGGGCGCAGCCGCUCUCCAGCAAGCCAGGGCCCUGCAGGAUGGACCCUGCGGGGAGGGACGGCCCGCGUGGGUGUGCCUGGCUUCCUGCCCUCAGCACUGUCUGUCACUCCGCGGACUGGCAGGUGCAAAGGGACUUAGCGGGCUGAGAAGGUGGGGCUUCUGGUUUGAAAUCCACAGCCGCCUGCUGAGGCCUGCUUGCUGACUGCCAGAGCUCAGCGUUCCGGCCUAUAAACCUGGAGGAUUAAUUGAUCUGAAAUGACGGGGAUGAGAGUAUAUAAAAGAGGGGGAGGGGACUCCCGAUGGGGGUCUGAGAUUUUCUUUUUGUUUCUGAGAUGAGAGUUAGAACCUGGAAAUGCUAGUUCUCUCCAUUCAACCCGUCCUGCAUAGAGGAUGUUAUGGCCAUUUCAGGUUUGGGGGAGAUCUAGCUGCUUAGGGCCAGUCUAGUUUCCUGCACCACCAGAAACCUCGAUCCCUUCACAGCUCCUGGGAUUUUUAAGACAAGACACAGAACUCAUUCAUGGCGCUAUAGGAGAAAGAGAGAGGAAAGCAAAAGAACUUCAUUACAGCAUUGUAAGGGGAACUGCGGCGCCAAGUCUAAGGGUGGGAAAGGAGGGCGUGGUCAAUCCUAUAUGGUUCUUUCCUUUGGAAGAAAAAUUAGAUUUUCUGGGUGGCAUCUGGCACUGCAGAAAAUUAAAAGAUCAUCCAACCACAGACCUUUCUUUGAGGUGAACUCAGUUCAUUUCCCCAGAACAGCCUGAUAGCAGAUCCCAAAGCUCAGAAUGGCUCUGAGAACCCGAAUCACUCCUUUGAAAGCCCCUCCUGCAGGGAAAAGAGAGGCUCCCACAGUGGUAGAGAUUGAAAAUUCAUCUUAAAAAUCCAAUGUUAUACCAGGCUCGAGAUCUUAGGUGUGAUACCUGCACAGGAGGGGAUCUCCUGCAUCCCUCUGCUGGCAGCAUGGAAGCCCCAUCAGGUGUUGUGCAGCCUCACUCUGAAGGGGGGCAAAGUGCAGACCGGAAGGACCCAGUCCUUUGUCAGGUGCACACUGCGUGGACCUCCAGCUGCUUAGGUCACCCCUGUCUAGCAAACUGGGAGCAUACUGGAGUCAGUGCUGUGUUGCUGCUGGUGAGGAGGGCAUGCCGUCAGCCCCUGCCCACUGGUCUCCCCGGCUCCACUCUUCCCUCUGUAUUCCCGCCAAUCCCCCUAUCCCCGAGGCCCACUUCCCCUCAGGGGAAGUCACUUCCACAGCUGCAGAUCUUGCACAGACCAGCAGUCACAGAAAUAAUUUUUUCUGCUGGACUGAGCCUUAACUGUAUGCAAAUGUUUAGCACUACUGCAUAGGAUGGCAGAGCUACCAAAGGAAAAUACAGCCAAAUUAAAUACAAUAGUAAUAAAAAGACACAGUCAGACAUGUGCACAUCUUCAGGGCCCAUUCAUCACCUUCUGGAAAGCAGGGUUUAUAAUAAACUGCAACACAUUCCAUCAGGAUCAGGAAAACUGCAGUGUAUCCCAAAGAGUCUGGGGUUCAGGGUAGGGGGCAGGGUUCACAGGGAGUGUAACCUAAACUCUGGGUGUGCAGACAGCCAGGAGGGUCUGUGUUAUUAGAUGGAAUGGGAGCCAAUGAGUUGAUCCUGUCCCAGGUGUAAGCACGACAAUACCCCAUAGACACGUGUGAUACUCCCACCUCUGCUACCGCCAUCCAGCAUGGUUCUUCUGUUCCACAGGCAUUAAAGGGAGUUUUGGCAA